GUAACAACAAUAAAGAGAAGAGUGUGGGGCAAAAUCCGAUGCUCCCCAAUAUUGUUUUCAGUGAGCGCAAGCUCCAAAGCUCGCUCCUCGCCCCAAACUCUCCAUCAGAAAAGCUUUGGCGCUCGAGAAGUGAUGAUGUCACUAACAACUCAGCUGUUGCAGACGCAGACCGGCUAUUAUUCUCAGUCUAUAUCUCACUUUGGGUGCGACGCUUGUGUCUGGCGGCGACUCUAAAAUGCCUUCCAGCUGCUCUUUUGAGCUUGAUCGCCGCGAACCUAUUUACUACAGUGGGGAGACGGUCAAUGGAAGAGCCAUUCUGACCACAACAUCCGAAAAGUCUGUAAACGAGGUAUACAUUCUCUUUGAGGGCGAAUCAAAGGUGCGAUGGGACGAGCGUCGAACAAGGACGAGAGGUGGAAAGACUGAGCACUACACGGAGUAUUUCCGAGGCAAACAGCAGUACUUGUACACCCGAACCUCAGUCUUUGCAUCUGGGAAUCUUCCACCAGGUACGCACACCUACAACUUCUGCAUUCCGCUGCCCCUGGAAUGCCCCUCGUCAGUGGUGGCGCAGUACGGCAAAAUCUAUUACGAGGUAUCCGUGAUCAUUGAUCGCCAGUGGCGCUUCAACAACGUCUUCAAACAGCCACUGACUGUAAUACAGACCUACAACCUCAACAUGAGUCCCCAAUUGCUGAUGCCUCUAGUUCGCGAGGACAUCAAGCACUUCUGCUGUUGGCCCUGUAGGUCAGGACCGGUUCUCUCGACGCUAACAAUACCGUUCGGUGGUUACGCACCUGGACAGAAGAUACGCUUUACUCUGGAGAUCGAUAACCAGUCGAGCGGCUAUGAUCUGGAGGGCAUCGAACUGAAGCUAAAGCAAAUAUACAGAUUCCAGGCUCAAACGCCCCACCACAAAACCCGCGAAAAGGAGCUCAGCCUGAACAAAAGUUCUCAGCAGGAGCGUGUGUUGCGUCUCUCAAAGAAAGUAAUCGAAGGAACUUUGGCUAUUCCAGCAGUACCACCCUCUUCUCGCUCCGAUGGCAUUAUUUCGGUUAGUUACAAAGUGAUUCUGACAAUCAGCACGGGCGACUGCCACGUGGACUCGGACUUCGAGGUGCCGAUUGUAAUUGGCACUAUACCAUUGAUCCAAAGUGCCGAGAAUCCAGCCAGUGCAGCACAGUGGAUACCGGAAACACCGGACACUCCGGCCGGAGCUGCCGCAGAUCUGCCUCCCAGUUAUGACAAGUGCAAACCACCAACCUUCGAGGAGGCUACAAACUUUGGAGAAAGGUUCAUCGACAUCGAUCAGGAUGAGCACAAUCGCACGGAUGACUUUAUUCCCCGUUACCCCAUGUACACCAACUUUGCCAUGCCAUCGGCUCCACCUCCACCCGCUGAAGAAUCGGGAUCCAUUCAACCCGUUCCCGUUCUAUCACUACCUCAUGAUCCCACUGCCCCAAUGAGCGGUCAAAACUAUUCGGACCGCCCAACACCAUCAUACGGUUGGAACUCCAACUCUUAGAUAGAACCGAGAUAAAAUCUGAUCAAAUGAUUUUAAUUUGCUUUACCUUUGGAUAUUAGUAAUAAACAUAUGUCAGUUGAUUAUCAUGCUUGAUAUGAAACCAAAUCUCAGGAA